CCUUGAACUCCGUUGGGGCAAUUGAAGUUGAAGGCAAAGACUGUAGCAAACGACGAAAUAACCUUUAUCACAUUAAUUAUCCAGCUUUUCGAGCGCCCGCCGCGGGGUUCACAGCAAUGUCGCCUGCUACCUUGCCUUCUGAGGUAACCUCAUUCAUCAUCUCCCAUUUGCUGGUCCCAGAUGAUCCCCAACCCGCAGGCUACAUUCAGAAACCUACGCGCAUUGCAAUGUAUGCAACCGUGUCCAAAGAGUGGCAAAAAUCCGUGGAACGGCACACAUUCUCAAACUUGUAUCUAACGCCUACUCGGCUCCAAGAGUUUGGACGCAUUGUAGAGAGGAAACGUCAAAAAUAUGUCCGUCGGAUCAAUCUCGACGUCGUGCUGGACGCUUAUGAUGAGGUGGCGUUCGGAAGAUAUGAAAGUGAUGAGGACCAGGAGCGAAACAAUCAAGUCUUCACCCGGACACUCCAACAACUCUUUAAAAGUCUCAGUUCUUGGGAGGAUGACGAUGUUGCAGAUCUGGGAGUCAGCUUAUCUGUCAAGGUGCAUUCUCCCAGUGACCUCUCGUGCCUUGGUCAGAUGGACGCAAGGGCUCGCAGGAGGCGAAGGCUGAUCGGCGGACCUAAGGACCUUCUUAAUCGCAGGUUUGACAGAUCUUAUCUGCGGUUUGUCUGCUCUCAAACUGCGGGUGACAUUAACCAUCUACUGCACCUUGUCCCUGCGAUCAGUGAGAUGGAUAUCAAUGGCAGUGGUCCUCGACACACAUGGCCUGCAUCAUGCUCUACUAUUGCUUCAAGAACGCCACAACUACGGUCAUUGAAACUACGCUUGUGGGAUAACGAGAGAAAUGAUCUGGAGCUACGAAAAGGUGCUCGAAAUGAAUUCGCGAAUAGUAUCAAAAGUUGGCCUCCUUCAAUCCAAAAGGUAGAUCUGUCUUACUACAAUCUACCGCCACAAGAUCAAUCCUUUAUGCCACCAAACAUUUUGUCAGAGCCCAACAGUGGAGAUCUCAUAAGCACAAACCUUGGGAAAUUUUCACAGCAAUUAACAGAGCUAAAUCUUGACGACAUUACCAUUGGGGCCGAUUUCUUCUGGAACUCAAGUUUCGACUCACUCGCUCCUCAUUGGCCGCAUUUCACCUCACUGACCGUCAAUUACAAUCCCAUUACUCCAGCUGGACAAUGGCUUCGUGAGCGCGACAACUUUUUCCGCCAUAAAGCUUCUCCGGAGCAUAUGAAUAAUCUCUAUACAGCUGCCGGAAAAGCCGCCUCCUUUAUGCCAGCUUUGAAAGAACUUUGGCUAAGUGCCGAGUUUGGUGGUUAUUGCCCGCACUGGUUUUCAUACAAGACCAGUCCAACGAAUGCUUGCGCAACGUGGUGUAGUACCCCAGAGUUCAAGCCUAAUGAGAGUGUUCUGAGAAUUUGGAGAGAUGUGUCAAGAAAGAAUCUCGGGAUAGAUCUGGAAAUCAAGUACAUCAACGAGAGGAUCUGUUUUCCGACCAACUCUUCGAGUUAGUCUUUGCGAUCCUUUUGGUACAAAUUUCUAUCGUGUUGUUUGUGGCCCAACUUACACGUCAAACCAAGUCUCAUGAUAGCCCCUCAAAUCUACUCGUCCAGUCACUGAAUCCAAUUGCAAGUACGGUGUCAUGUCAACUUGCGACUUUUCCAAACCCUCCUGACUGACCUCAACAUCUUUCUGUGUCCAUCCAUUCCCGAAAUACGCAAACCUAUUCUCCGAAGACGACCGAUAAGUAUACUCCCAAUCCUCCCAUCUCGGCUCUCUCCUCACAACAUUAGCAUGCAGCCCACUUC